GCCCCGGCCCGGUUCCUCCCUCCGGUCCUGCAGCCCUCUCAGGGCCGCCAGGGGUCGUUGCGACCUCCCCCUGCACUUCCUCCCGCCCUUCCCACCCGACGCGGCUGUUGGCGCCAGAGUCAAACCGGGAGGCCGCCGCGCGCACCAUGUCAAAGAAAAAAGGACUGAGUGUGGAAGAGAAGAGAACCCGUAUGAUGGAACUGUUUUUUGAGACAAAAGAUGUAUUCCAACUAAAAGACCUGGAGAAGCUUGCUCCCAAAGAGAAAGGCAUCACUGCCAUGUCAGUGAAAGAAGUCCUGCAGAGCCUGGUGGACGAUGGCAUGGUUGACUGCGAGAGGAUCGGAACCUCCAAUUACUACUGGGCUUUUCCAAGCAAAGCUCUCCAUGCCCGGAAACGCAAGCUGGAGGCCCUCAACUCUCAGUCCCCUGAUGACAUGGUAUGGAGGUUCUCCUUACGUGUGCAUGCCACGUGUAUGGGAGGAGCUGUCGGAGGGAAGCCAGAAGCACGCAAACCUACAGAAGAGCAUCGAGAAAGCUAGAAUUGGCCGGCAGGAGACGGAAGAACGAGCCAUGCUUGUAAAAGAACUUUCUUCAUUUCGGAACCAAAGGGAUCAACUUAAGGCAGAAGUUGAAAAAUACAGAGAAUGUGAUCCACAAGUUGUGGAAGAGAUACGUCAAGCAAAUAAAGUAGCCAAAGAAGCCGCCAACCGAUGGACUGAUAACAUAUUUGCAAUAAAAUCCUGGGCCAAAAGAAAAUUUGGGUUUGAAGAAAAUAAAAUUGAUAAGAACUUUGGAAUUCCAGAAGACUUUGACUACAUAGACUAAAAUGUUUGGGAGAAAGGAUUUGUGUGCUUAUGAAUCGUCAAAUCUUAAACAUUCUCUAACUAUUGGUACCAAAUUUUCAUUUGUCUGUUAACCGUUUAUCGUUUUACAAUUUUAAAUAAAGUAUAAAAUAAGAA